CGCCGUCUCCUUCGCGCUCCAGGCCCACCCUGCCAUCCCCAUCCAAAACCCUCGCAAAACCCCACCUCCGCCUCCCCUACCGCCAUUCUCUUCUCCCCCCAUGCGGCAGUAGCCUCCCUGCUGCACACGGCGAAGCGAUGGCCCUUUCCGCCGCGCUCCGCCUCCCGCUCCCGCGCCUCCUCGGCCCCUCCGCCACCAUCCUCGGCGCCGCUUCCCGCCGCCGCGCCGCCGCUGCCACAGCACCCGCGGCCGCCCUCCGCCUCCUCGCGGCCUCGUCCCCCACUCCCGCGUCCUUCUCCUCGCGGCCCGCGCGCGGCCUCCGCUCGCGCCGCCGCAACCGUGGCGACGAUGGGCGCGCAGCGGCGCCGGCGGCGGCCGGCGGCGGGGAGGACGGCGGAGGUGGAGCUGCGGUCAAGGAGCGGAUUCUCCCCGUAGAGCUGCACAAGGAGGCCACGCAGGCCUACAUGUCGUACGCCAUGUCCGUGCUGCUCGGCCGUGCGCUCCCCGACGUCCGUGACGGCCUCAAGCCCGUGCACCGCAGGAUACUCUAUGCCAUGCAUGAGAUGGGCCUUGCGUCUCGUAGGCCAUUCAGAAAAUGUGCCAGAGUUGUUGGUGAGGUACUAGGCAAGUUUCAUCCACAUGGAGAUACUGCUGUAUAUGAAAGCUUGGUUAGAAUGGCUCAGGAUUUUUCCAUGAGGUACCCGCUUGUUCAAGGACAUGGAAACUUUGGCUCAGUAGAUGCAGACCCUCCUGCUGCUAUGCGAUACACGGAGUGCCGCUUGGAUUCAUUAGCAGAAGCCAUGUUCUUGACUGAUCUGGAGCUCAACACAGUUGACUUUGUGCCAAACUUUGAUAACUCACAGAAAGAGCCAUCUCUGCUGCCAGCUCGUGUCCCAUCUUUGUUGUUGAAUGGUUCUUCUGGGAUUGCCGUUGGAAUGGCAACAAAUAUUCCUCCUCAUAAUCUGGGGGAGCUUGUUGAUGUGCUUUCUGUUAUUAUUCAAAACCCUGAAGCUACACUCCAAGAACUACUGGAAUGCAUGCCUGGUCCUGACUUCCCUACAGGAGGGACAAUCCUAGGAAAUCAAGGUAUUUUGGAAGCAUAUAAAUCUGGACGUGGCCGCAUUGUUGUGAGGGGAAAGACUGACAUCGAAACAAUUGACGAGAAAAGCAAGCGCACAGCUAUUAUUAUUAAAGAGAUUCCAUACCAAACUAACAAAGCCACUCUUGUGCAAAAGAUAGCUGAGCUUGCUGAAGAUAAGGUAUUGGAAGGUAUAAGUGAUAUUAGGGAUGAAAGUGACCGCACUGGAAUGCGUGUAGUAAUUGAGCUGAAAAGAAGUGCAGAUCCUGCCAUUGUCCUGAACAACCUGUAUCGUCAUACAGCUCUGCAGUCUAGCUUUAGCUGCAACAUGGUGGCUAUACUUGAUGGGCAGCCAAAAUUGAUGGGACUGAAAGAAAUUCUUCAGGCGUUCCUUGACUUCCGAUGCUCUGUUAUUGAAAGGCGUGCAAGAUAUAAACUUUCACAGGCUCUAGAAAGGAAACAUAUCGUGGAGGGAAUUGUUAUUGGCCUUGACAAUUUGGAUGCCGUGAUUCAAAUGAUACGAGAAACAUCAAAUCACACUGCGGCAACAGGAGCUCUAGUCAAGGAAUUUGAUCUAUCUGAGAAACAAGCUGAAGCUCUGUUGGAUAUCACACUAAAGAGGCUCACUUCCCUUGAGCGGAAGAAAUUUGUGGAUGAAGCUAAAAUCUUGUCAGAGGAAAUUUCUAAGUUAAAUGAGCUUCUGUCAAGCAAGGAACUUAUCUUCCAGCUUAUACAACAAGAAGCCGCUGAUUUGAAAAACAAGUUUUCUACACCACGGCGUUCUUUGAUAGAUGAUUCAGUAAGCUGUGAAGUUGAUGAUAUUGAUAUUAUCCCUAACGAGGAAAUGCUUUUGAAGAUUCUUAGUGAGAAAGGCUAUGCUAAGCGAAUGAACCCCAACACAUUCAGUUUACAACAUCGGGGAACCAUAGGAAAGUCUGUUGGAAAGAUGCGAUUAAAUGACAGCACAUCAGAUUUCAUUGUUUGCCAGACACAUGACCAUGUUCUUUAUUUCAGUGACAAGGGAAUUGUAUACUCAGCACGUGCUUAUAAGAUACCAGAAUGUACUAGAACUGCUACUGGGACUCCGUUGGUACAGCUGCUACCUUUAUCUGAUGGAGAGCGGAUAACCUCCAUCAUUCCUGUUAGUGAAUUUGGUGAGGACCAAUGUCUAGUGAUGCUCACCGUUAAUGGCUAUAUCAAGAAAGUACCUCUUAAUGCCUUUUCAUCAAUCAGAUCCACUGGUAUCAUAUCAAUUCAACUGGUUCCUGGUGAUGAGCUUAAGUGGGUCCGUCGUUGUGGCAAUGAUGACCUGGUUGCAUUGGCUUCACAGAAAGGGAGGGUUAUAGUCAACUCAUGUGACAAGCUUCGUGCCCUUGGAAGGAAUACCAGGGGUGUAUAUGCGAUGAAGCUAAAAGAGGGUGAUAAGAUGGCUGCCAUGGACAUAAUUCCAGCAACGGCGCACAAAAUGCCUGAAAAAAUUGACAGGAGGGUCAGAGAUUUGAGUCCUCCAUGGUUGCUUUUCGUAGCUGAAAACGGUAUUGGGAAACGGGUGCCCUUAAAUGCUUUCCGGCUAUUAAAUUUCAAUGCUGUAGGCUUGCAAGGCUACAAGCUUCCAGAAGAUUGUCGUUUAGCUGCUGUAUUUAUUGCUGGUCUUUCACUCACUGAAGACGGUGAAAGUGACGAGCAGGUUGUUUUAGUUAGCCAGAGUGGCACUGUGAACAGAAUCAAAGUUAAAGAUAUAUCUAUCCAGUCUCGACACUCCAGGGGAGUAAUUCUGAUGAGGCUGGAGCAUGCCGGAAAGAUCCAGUCAGCGUCACUGAUAUCCGCUGCGGCAGCAGAAGUAACAGAAGAUUAGUCUUGCACCCAAGAUGCAAGUAGUUUAGUCUGAAUUGAAUCCCUGGUGUAUGCCGCAUGCCAACUGCACAUUGAGCAUGCAUUUUUGACUGGUUUCCUGUUGCUAAUAAGCGUCAGGAAUCAUGUAAAAUUCCACGCCAAGGAAUAGUCAGUAGCUUAUCAUUUGGUGGAUGUAAAAUGGCGGCAUCUGGCUUGCAAAAUCCUUUUGGGGUUUUCGUCUUUUGUUGGCCCUGCCCCUGAGGUAUUCUAAUGAUUGCUAUAUCUAAUGAUUGCUAGGUGUUAAUUUUGGCUUGUUUGUCUGAUUUUUUAACGUAUUCACUAACUAAAUAUUCACUCCUGUCAGAAAUUUCUGGCCUUCUGUCGUCAGUUGUAAUGACCGAAAUAAGGCCUAGUGUGAAAA